UAAAAGACAGUGAUGGAUAUCGUAAUUCGUAUAUGAAGAAGACAUUUUACUAACAUUCCAACACCCCUUUUGUAUAAUAUGAACAAACAGCACUGUUUUCUCACUUCUUCUCCCUAGAAAUUCUGUUUUUCACUUUUUCCGAAGUAUAUUUUAGUCAUGGCGAGGAAUGGAGUAUUUUCGCGGCGGUGGAGGGCGGAGAAGAUGGAGGAGUUUGAUAAUUUGUGCCCGUCUUUUUAUUCUGAUGAAGUUCAUGUUCUUGCUGUCGAUGAUAGUCUCGUCGAUCGGAAAGUUAUUGAACGACUACUGAAAAUCACAUCAUGCAGAGUAACCACAGUGGACAGUGGGAGGAGAGCUUUGCAAUUUCUUGGAUUGGAUGAAGAGGAAACUUAUAAUGUUGGGUUGGAUGGUUUGAAGGUGGAUCUGAUAAUUACUGAUUAUUGUAUGCCUGGAAUGACUGGCUACGAGUUGCUAAAAAAGAUUAAGGAUUCAUCGUUUAGGGAAAUACCAGUUGUGAUUAUGUCAUCUGAAAAUGUUUUGACACGAAUUGACAGAUGUUUGGAAGAAGGUGCUGAAGAUUUUCUAUUGAAGCCAGUGAAACUGUCGGAUGUAAAACGAUUAAAGGAUUACAUGUUCAGCGAGGAUCGGUUUAGAACAGAAGCCAAAGCAAUGAACAAAAGAAAGUUGCCAGAAACAUCUUGUGAUAAUUCGCCUACUCUCUCGCCUUCACCAUCACCAUCACCAUCACCAUCGCCUUCAAUUGACCUUUCAUCAACUCUUUCAUCCCGAUCUUCUUCCUCUCAAUCCUCCCCGAAAACACUUUCAUCGUCUCUUUCUACUGAUUCAUCGACACAUUCCACUGGUUCCUCCAUGCCAUCCUCACCAACAUCACUAGCUUCACCAACAAGACGACUCAAAAUGAGCAACCAAGAUUUGUAACACUAUAUUGACUUAUGUUGCUUUUUUUUUUUUUUUUUUUUUUUUUUUUUACACUUUCUGGGGUUCCUCAAGAACCCCCUGCCCCCCGGGGGCCUCUGUAAACAAGCCAAUUGUGCCCCUUGCUUAUGAGUUUUUUCUUGGCUUGUCAAUUUUUGGCCACAUACUGAUACUUUUUUAUUCACACAAGGUUUACUAAUGUUCCUGUUAAUUGUUGAAAUGAGUUACCUUACUAACA